AUGCCUAAAGCAACGCACAUCAUCCGCUUCAUCGCGAACGAAGACAACAGAAUCCAUCUAGGACAACUAGUCGACACCAGUCGCGAUGUCGGGCUCGACAGCGUCGAGGGCAAAGAAAUCAAAGCGUACCUGAUCAAUGGCUCCAUCUUCGCACCGGAAGUCACUUCGCACGUGUACACGGUCAAGCAAUUGCUGUCUCCUGUGUCGGUGGAAGAUUGUAACUAUAUUCGAUGCUUGGGCCUGAAUUAUAUGGAUCAUGCAAAGGAAGCCAACAUGGCCCUCCCCAAAGCGCCCAUUCUAUUCACCAAACCACGCACCGCAUUGGCCGACCCAUACCCAACAGUCAUCCCCGUGCCCAAAGCCGCUCAGGACGGAACCUCCGACUAUGAAGCCGAACUGUGUGUCGUGAUUGGCAAGACUGGUCGCGACAUCCCCGAAGACAAGGCCUUUGAUUAUAUCCUGGGGUAUACAUGCAGCAACGACGUUUCCGCGCGAACCAUGCAGAUGUUGACGACGCAAUGGUCUUUUUCUAAGGGGUUGGAUGGAAGUUGUCCUCUUGGUCCCGUUUUGGUGACGAAAGAUGCCAUCUCGGACCCGCAGAAUCUCAAAAUCAAAGCGAUCUAUAAUGGUCAAACUGUACAAGAUGGUAAUACCAAGGACAUGAUUUUCUCCAUCGCCAAACAAAUCAGCUACCUUUCUCAAGGCACGACUAUUGAAGCCGGUACCAUUUUCUUGACGGGCACGCCCGCAGGAAUUGGGUAUUUCCGCCAACCACGUGUGGUGCUUGAGGAUGGGGGUGAUAUUCGGAUCGAGAUUGAAAAGAUUGGCACGCUGGUCAACAAGGUCCGAUAUGAAGAGUGGUAG